UGUAACAGCAACCGAACGGGAUCCCAAUCCAACGUCAGCUUCGUUUCCAGCUUCCGAAUCCUGUGAACUUCUUCUUCUCAGGCUCUGCUAGUGUUUCGCUCAGUGCGGAAUGAGGAACGUUCAGGUUGCUUUUCGAACCAUUGGAGGUGGCAUAAUGAGGAAAUUUAAGCAACCUUCUGCGCUCAGAAACCUUUCCACAAACGCCGCUCGAGAUUGUAGUUUCGAUGAUGAGGGAAAAUCCAAUUCGUUUGAGUCUGCUGAUGACUUUGAACGUCGGAUAUUUGGUGGCGUAUCUUUGGGCGAUUCCGGAAACGAUGCUUUCUUUGAGAAGCUUGAUAGACUUGGUAAACCUCGUGAAAGAAUCGGUUCAAGGCUGAGUGGUGGAAACAAUUUUUAGGCGUUGUAUGGUCUUGAAGAUAAUCUUAACACGCUGUCGGAUGGGAUGGAUGGCAAGUUGAAGAAAGCUUCUACGUAUUUUGAGUUUGAUCCCGAGGAAAUAGCAAAAGAUGAUUAUACUUUCAGAGCGGAUAUGUCCUUUAAACCUGGAUCAACAUACGAAAUCAAGGAUCUGGAUCUAACAAAGCCUGGUGUACGCAAACCUCCCAAAAGAGUUGAGUUUCAGGUGACGACGGAGGAGGUCUUAAGAAAAGCUGAUUUCAGGAAUGUUAGGUUUCUGGCGAAUUUUAUUACCGAUGCCGGGAUCAUUAACAAGAGGAGCAAGACAGGUAUAAGUGCCAAAGCACAGAGGAAAGUUGCCCGUGAGAUCAAAACAGCACGAGCUUUUGGCUUAAUGCCUUUCACAACAAUGGGAACCAAAUCAUUUGUUUUUGGGAAGACCAUGGAGUAUCUCGAUAAGGACUAUGAAUAUGAAGUUUUCGAGAAUAAUACCGAUGCAGAUAGAGGACGCCCACAUGGUUCCUAGAGACCACGCUUUCAGAUGGUCGAGAAUUAUACACGUUUUGCCUCUCUUCAUAGCUGGUAUGCAUUUGCCGCCCUUGAUCCAACCAUUAGCUCGAGCAUUACAGGGCUUGACUUUGUUUGAUUGCCGAUUACAAUCAUGCUUCAAGCCCCAGAAUCCUGCAAAUUUGUUGAAAGCAGGAAGGUAUCGCAGAAAAUUCAUGGUGAUCUUCAUAUUUCGAUAUUCCAAAAUUUUGUUUUAUGCAUUGGUUUUGUGGUUAGAGGUCUCAAUUACUGUAGUUUGCAUAUUUGUUGUUCUUUUACCGUAUUAAUAUGUAAAGGGGUGAGGUAACUCAUGAUCAGCAGCCUGAAAUUGGAGCAGUUUGUUAGUUAGUUCCAUAGACAUGUGGGGCAUAAUACAAUGCUGGCCUUCGUGAAGAAGCUAUUUGAGGAGGCUGGUACAUUGUUUUA